UUCGUCAUCAGCUGUUCCUCGUACGCGUAGGUAAACAAAACGCCAACAGGAUACGCAUCAAAGUUACUCGUAUAAAUUUCGUUAUGUAGAAUAAAGCUAGUAUACCUAUUUUAUCGUUAGAUUGUUGAAAACACCUGAAAAAAUGGCACAAAUUGCCAUAACGUUGCUCACGAAAGCCAUCGAAUACGACCUGAACGGGCGCAAGUUGGAAUCGCUCAAAUUGUAUGAAGAUGGCAUCGAAGCACUGCUCAAGGAAUCCAAAGCUGAAGUGGACCCGAAACGGAAACAGCACUUCCAGGCAAAGAUUAUCGAAUACAUGAACCGGGCAGAGCAGGUGAAAGCGCUAAUCACACGCUGGCGCAGCCGGGGGGAAAUCCGUGACAAAAUUCACGUCGUGGACGGUGCAACAGGUUACAGUUACGCCAGGGUCUUCGGCAAAUAUAUGACGGACGAGGUCAAGGAACUGAUGGUGGAGGAACCGUACGUGCGGGAUCACUAUCAGAUUUGCAAUCUGGUGAUGUUGUGCGAGCUGGCCGUCACCAGCUGUAGGAAUCUAAAGUUUGUUAAGCUGCUGACCGUUCGGGAUAAGAAACAGAACGACGAACAGGGACGGGCCUUCCAGACGUUGCAGGAAAGUCUUAAGAAACAGGGAGUGGAAUUUUUCGUGGAAUAUUCCGAGCAUAUGCAUGACCGACAAGUGAUCCUCAGCAAUGGAUACAUCAUAAAAAUUGGACGCGGACUUAAUUAUUUUAAACCCGUGGGGAGCAAAUACAGCCUGGGAGCAUUCAACUAUCACUUUCGUGAGUGUAGGGAAACCAAUAUCGAUGUAUUUUACUGUCCUGAAAAUGAUAAAUCUUAGAGUGAAU